AUGAAAACAGGUGGAGGUCACCAUCAUUUCCGUUUUUGGGCCAAACAUGGCUACCGUCAUUCCCAUGGUAUGCAAACUUGUCAACCAAAAUUUGGGAAUCUCUUAGAAUUAAGCAAUUAUAAAAUAACUUUGCAUCAGUAUUUGGAAGGUCUUUGCUUACUAAAAGCAUAUUACAAUCAUUUCAACGUUCUUACAAAACAACCUGGAUUAAACAUGGCAGUUCAAAUAUUUCAACAGCUAAUAAUGCCAAUAAUAAACGAAUUCAGAGACGUUAAUUUCGAGCGUGCAGUUAAAAUGAUUCUAUUAUUGGUUGUAUGCGAAUUAGGUCUUAGUGUGGAAAAUGUAUUUAUUCGCUGGGCAAUGCUUAAUAUCAUAACCGCUGUUAUAUUAGGACUUGAGCUUGGAUCCAACUGGUUUUUUACUAAAUCGCCAUAUAUUCUAUUAUUACAAUUAAUUUUGUUAAUUAUCUGUAUAACAUUAACAAGUAUUUUGGGUUAUCUAAGUUGUACGUUGGAGAUAAUUAUGACAAUCUAA